UGAACGGGAGGGGAAGGAAGGGCCUGUCGUGUCUACCGGAGACCUGCGGGGAAAAGUGCAUAGCGCCGCCUGACGACCGCCUUGAGCCGGGGAGCCACAGUCAGGAGACAGCGGUGCCUCUGAAGAGGUCUCGGAUAUCGGAGAGCGCCGCCAACAGCUCGCCACAUGAAUGAUAACACACAGGAAGCAAUGUUGCAAGCUAUCAUGCAGCACUGUGGCUUGUAUAAACUAAAUGUCAUGAAUUACAUGCCAUAUUUGAGUUUUUUUUUUAAAUCUAAUAAUACACGUCCCUGUUAACUAUUUCACGUCCCGUAUACCACCGUUUGGCGCCUACAUGCAGUUAGCUUCUGCUGCUUAUUGCAGCUUCUAAUUAGCGUGUAGCUAUCAGCUCUAUUUUCUAUGACGAUUUUCUGGAACCAUGCAAUAGCUACAGGGCAAUUCCAUGUUAACGGAAUUACGCUGAGACUCAGAUUUUUCACUUUAAAAUUUAUGCUAAACAAAAACAUUUACUGGAACGAGUGUAGAAGCAAAGUUCGUUAAUAGAAUUACAGUAAAUCUAUUUUGGUUAUUGAACUACAGUAAGUGAAGUAACCGAAAUACAGUAAUGAAAUUACAUCAUGGGUCCCUGAUAUGUACUACACAGAAAUGCAUAAUUUAUGGAUAUGAAUUAGAGGUAGAUUAUGAUUUUUUUUCAACGAUUUUUGGAGGACCAAAAAAAGCCAAUACCGAUUAAUCGGCCAAUUUUAAAAAAUAUUUAUUUUAAUUUUAUUUGUAAUAAUGACAAUUACAACAAUACUGAAUGAACACUUAUUGUAAUAUAAUAGUUAAUAUAAUACAUCAAUAAAAUCAAUUUAGCCUCAAAUAAAUAAUGAAACAUGUUCAAUUUGGUUUAAAUAAUGCAAAAAGAAAGUGUAGGAGAAGAAAGUAAAAGUGCAAUAUGUGCCAUGUAAGAAAGCUAACGUUUUUAAGUUCCUUGCUCAGAACAUGAGAACAUAUGAAAGCUGGUGGUUACUUUUAACAUGAGUCUUCAAUAUUCCCAGGUAAGAAGUUUUAGGUUGCAGUUAUUAUAGGAAUGAAAGGACUAUUUCUCUCUAUACGAUUUGUAUUUCAUAUACCUUUUGACUAUUGGAUGUUCUUAUAGGCACUUUAGUAUUGCCAGUGUAACAGUAUAGCUUCCAUCCCUCUCCUCGCCGCUACCUGGGCUCGAACUAGGAACACAUUGACAACAGCUACCCUCGAAGCAGCGUUACCCAUGCAGAGCAAGGGGAACAACUACUCCAAGUCUCAGAGCGAGUGACGUUUGAAAUGCUAUUAGCGCGCACCCCGCUAAAUAGCUAGCCAUUUCACAUUGGUUACACCAGCCUAAUCUCGGGAGUUGAUAGGCUUGAAGUCAUAAACAACUCAAUGCUUGAAGCAUUGUGAAGAGCUGCUUGCAAAACGCACGAAAGUUCUGUUUGAAGGAAUUCUUACGAGCCUGCUGGUGCCUACCAUCGCUCAGUCAGACUGCUCUAUUAAAUAAUAGACUUAAUUAUAACAUAACACACACAAAUACGGGCCUUAGGUCAUUGAUAUGGUCGAAUCUGGAAACUAUAAUUUCGAAAACAAUAUAUUUAUUAUUUCAGUGAAAUACGGAACCGUUCCGUAUUUUAUCUAACGGGUGGCAUCCAUAAGUCUAAAUAUUGCUGUUACAUUGCACAACCUUCAAUGUUAUGUCAUAAUUACGUAAAAUUCUGGCAAAUUAGUUCGCAAUGAGCCAGGCGGCCCAAACUGUUGCAUACACCCUGAUUCUGCGUGCAAUGAACGCAAGAGAAGUGACACAAUUUCACCUGGUUAAUAUUGCCUGCUAACCUUUCUUUUAGCUAAAUAUGCAGGUUUAAAAAUAUAUACUUCUGUGUAUUGAUUUUAAGAAAGGCAUUGAUGUUUAUGGUUAGGUACAUGUUGGAGCAACGACAGUCCUUUUUCGUGAAUGCGCACCGCAUUGAUCAUAUGCAACGCAGGACACGCUAGAUAAACUAGUAAUAUAAUAAACCAUGUGUAGUUAACUAGCGAUUAUGAUUGAUUGUUUUUUAUAAGAUAAGUUUAAUGCUAGCUAGCAACUUACCUUGGCUUCUUACUGCAUUCAUGUAACAGGCAGGCUCCUCGUAAGGCAGGUGGUUAGAGCGUUGGACUAGUUAACCGUAAGGUUGCAAGAUUGAAUCCCUGAGCUGACAAGGUUCAAAUCUGUCGUUCUGCCCCUGAACAAUGCAGUUAACCCACCGUUCCUAGGCCAUCAUUGAAAAUAAGAAUGUGUUCUUAAUAAAUCCUUUUGUGACUAGGGGGCAGUAUUUUCAUUUUUGGAAAAAUAAUGUGCCUGUAGUAAACGGGAUAUUUUGUCAGGACAAGAUGCUAGAAUAUGCAUAUAAUUGACAGCUUAGGAUAGAAAACACUCUAAAGUUUCCAAAACUGUAAAAAUAUUGUCUGUGAGUAUAACAGAACUGAUGUUGCAGGCGAAAGCCUGAGAAAAAUCCAAUCUGGAAGUGCCUCAUGUUUUGAAAGCGCUGCGUUCCAAUGCGUCCCUAUUGAGCAGUGAAUGGGCUAUCAACCAGAUUACUUUUUCUCCGUAUUCCCCAAAGUGUCUACAGCAUUGUGACGUAAUUUCUCAGCCAAAUGUGAAGAACAAAUGGAGCUAUUUCGCCUACAAAAAUAAUAUUUUGGGAAAAAAGGAACAUUGGCUAUCUAACUGGGAGUCUCGUGAGUGAAAACAUCCGAAGCUCAUCAAAGAUGACUGAGAAGACAUUCUCAUUUACAGCAACGACCUGGGAUUUGUUACAGGGGAGAAGAGGGGCGAUGAGUGAGCCAAUUGCUCCCUCCCUGUUGUCCUGACAUCACAGCACAUCAUAGUGAGAGACCUGAGGAAAGAGGCUAGCUACUUUACAAAUCAUUGUUACUGGUUCAAGCCCUAAAACUCACAACACACUGUUUGCUCACUAACAGACAUCAGUCUUCAGUUCAACAAUCAAGGCACACUUGUAUCAAGAUCGAAACACAGAGCUAUAACUCAGACCAGUACAGGAGCCUUUUUCUCAUUCAUUGAAUUGUGCUGACUAACACACACGGUCCUACAACAACCGCCUUGCAGUAGUCAUGGAUGACCAGCAGGAGGACCCAGAGGGCAUGUAUGACGUGCAGCACCAGUACAUGUGCAGCGAGUGCCACCAGCUCUUCAACACCCUAGAAGAAGUGCUGAUGCACCAGCAGAUCCACACAGGGCAGGAGGGAGAAGAGGGGGAGGCUGGGGAGGCCAUGGCCAUCCAGGGCAUCUCAGAGUACGGGGACAGCCAGUAUCAGUGCCUGGAGUGUGGUGCCCUCCUCAGGAACCCAGAUGAACUGCUACUGCACCAGGAGCUGCACAUGAGAGAGGCAGGGUUGGAGACAGAGGACCAUGAACUGUGUGAGGUGUUGGAGACAGACGAGGCAGGGACAGAGGGCCAGGUGUCGGGGCCUGUCCAGUACCAGUGUCUAGACUGCCUGGCCCUGUUUGACUCUCCAGAGGUGUGGCUGGCCCACAGACAGACCCACAGCAAGAGCAGCACACACAGUGCCACAGAGACUGAGUAUGUGUUGCAGCCCGAUGGUACUGUGACACCCAUGGUCAGUGUUCAGAACUUUCUCUUGAGUGAACAACAAGCUGGGGAGAUCUUAGCACAGGUCCUGGCCCAACAACAACAACAUCAGUCUGCCCCCCAGCCCUCGACCCCCUCCCGGGCCACCUUCCCACCCCCCGUCUCCCCCCUUCCCGGCUCGGCCACCAUGCGUCUCCAGAUCUGCAGUGCCCAGGCCCUGGCCGAUGGCUCCAGUACCCCCGGCCUACGGCGCGCCAAGCUGCUGCCCCCUCUACUCACUCCUCUAGGGGUGGGCUCGGUAGGAAAGCUGGGGGUUACAGAGAGCGGCCUCCAGAGACUGGAGGUGGCGCUGUCUGCUGUCCGGGAGGAGAAAGAGCAGCAGGGGGAGGUGGUGAUCUUCCACCCCUAUGAGUGCUCCGAGUGUGCCCUCCUCUUCCAGACCCCAGAGGACUUCCUGCAACACCAGGGGGAGCACUUCCUGGCCCAGGAGAAGGAGAGCAGUGAGGACGGGGUGAUGAUGGGAUAUGAGGAGGACAGAGGGAGGGAGGAGGAGAGAGCGGAGGAGAAUGGGGGGAGGGUGGCAGAGGAGAGGGGGAAGGGAACGGGGAGACGCGCCCUGGCUAAAAGAUCUAGAAAAACACCCCUAUGCCUGCACUGCAGCCAAUGCCAGCGUACAUUCACGUCAGCCAAUCGGCUGGCGGCACACAGGCGCGUGCACGAGCAUGGCACAUACGAGUGUCGGGAGUGCGACAAGGUGUUUAAGAAGGUGACGUCACUGCAAACACACAUGCGCUCUCACUCCGGGGAGGCUCGGUAUCUGUGUGUGGACUGUGGUCAUGGCUUCAACACAGAGAUGACCCUCAUCAUACACAGGAAGUCUCACACAGCAGAGCCGCUCCACAGGUGUGAACACUGUGCCAAGACCUUCACCAAUAUGACCAAGUUCCUGUACCACCGUAGAACACACACCACCAAAGCAGCCACCACUACACCUACCCCCGUCGUCCUGGUCCCAGCGGCCCCCAGGAGGAUGUCCCUGUCAGCCCUGUCCAUCCUUCAGAGAGCCCGGGCCCUGAGGGAGAGGGGUGAGGGCAGCCCCAUGGAGGGGGACGAGGAGAACCUGAUGGCCCCCCUUACUGAGGCUGAGAUGGAGAUAGGCGAGUCGGGGGAGGACACUGCCUCCAGCUCUCUGAGCAGGGCAGAGGGAGGAAAGGAGAACAGGGUGGAUGUGGAGGGGACACCAGGGGGCAGUGGAGAGUCCCAACUGGGAGAACAUACUGCUGAUCCUGGUUCCUCUACUGACCCUAACCCCUCUGGUCCAGCUGGCCCCCGGGGAGCGUUCCCCUGCCCCUCCUGCCCUCAGGCUUUCCCCUCUCUGCUCCGCCUGGUCAAACACCGCCAUACGGCCCACGUCUCCGAGCGACACUUCAAGUGCUCUGUGUGCACCAAGACCUUCAAGAAGCAGAUGCACCUACGCAACCACCUGCGCACACACACCGGCGAGCGGCCCUUCCAGUGCUCAGACUGCGGAAAGACCUUCUCAUCCCUGGCCAACCUGUCUCGCCACAACCUCACCCACUCUGGCGUGCGCCCCUACCGCUGCGACAUCUGCCACCGGACAUUCACCCAGUCAUCCAACCUUCGGCAGCACCGCCUACUCCAUGCCAACCUCCCUCCCUGUCCCUGCCCGGACUGCCCCGCCACCUUCGUACGGCCGGCCAAGCUAGCCGCCCACCGCUACACUGUUCACCCGGGGGCCCCGGCCCCGUUCUCCUGCCCCCAAUGCCAGGCUGGCUUCCUGCACAGGAGGAAGAGAGACCGCCACUGUCAGGAGGUCCACCCCACUGAGGCCCAGGCAGACAGAGAGGGAGGGUUAGAGAGCCAGCCCCAAGUGUGCCCUGACGGGGAGCCCCUCUCAGAGCCCUCCACCUCAGAAGACACCGGGACCACCAGCAUCAUGAGAGGGGGCCUGGGCUGCACUGUGUGUGGGAAGAAGCUCAACUCUGCAGCCAACUGGCGUCUGCAUCAGCUGAGUCACGGCCUGGUUCCUGGUCGGUCCUGUGGUGGUGCAGUGGCCAGAGGUAAAUCCCACCAGUGCCUAACCUGCGGUAAGCUGUUUGUCUCCUCCUCUGGCGUGACCUUGCAUCAGCGCAUCCACACAGGAGAGCGCCCCUUCCCCUGCAACCUGUGUGGCAAGCGCUUCCGGCAGAACACGCACCUGCGAGAGCACCUGCGCACGCACACAGGGGAGCGGCCGUUCCGCUGCGAAAUAUGUGACAAGGGCUUUGUCCAGAGCAUGCACCUGGCGGAGCACCGGCGUACACACACAGGGGAGCGCCCCCACGCCUGUCUGGUGUGCGGCAAGGCCUUCAAGUCCUUCUCCAACCUGCGGAACCACAGGAAGACCCACGCACGCCAGCAGAGGCAGGAGGAGGUGGCCGCAGCACAGGUUGCCAUGGAGACCAACGCCACCGUGGCGCUAGUGGAGGCAUCCCAGGUGGAACUGGCCAAUGGGCAGCCUCAGCUGUUCCACAUACAGACGUCGACCCUACAGCAGACCCAGGGUACUCCCACCAUCAUGUGUAAUGAGUUUGGGGAGACCAUCGCCAUCAUAGAGACCAGUGAGGGAGGAACCCUACCCCUGGCUGAGGCUAUAGAGAUCUACCACACAGCCCUGGAGAACAGUCUGGGGAUGAACUCCAUCACUGUAGACAGUCUACAGCUCAUCUAACAGUCUGGGGAUGGACUCCAUCACUGUAGACAGUCUACAGCUCAUCUAACAGUCUGGGGAUGGACUCCAUCACUGUAGACAGUCUACAGCUCAUCUAACAGUCUGGGGAUGAACUCCAUCACUGUAGACAGUCUACAGCUCAUCUAACAGUCUGGGGAUGGACUCCAUCACUGUAGACAGUCUACAGCUCAUCUAACAGUCUGGGGAUGGACUCCAUCACUGUAGACAGUCUACAGCUCAUCUAACAGUCUGGGGAUG